AUGGACAUGUCAGGGAUGUCCUCGAGCGCGAGUUCUUCCUCCAGCUCCACCAUGACCAUGGCCAUGGUUUUUACCAACAGUCACUCUACACCUUUAUUCUCGUCUGCCUGGACGCCGACUACGUCCGGCCAGUAUGCCGGCACCUGCAUUUUCCUUAUAAUUCUCGCCAUCAUCGGACGAUGCCUGAUGGCCUUCAAAGCCGCCAUGGAGCGCAGAUGGCUCGGCAUUGCGCUCGACCGACGCUACGUGGUUGUCGCAGGGAAGAAAACAGAGUCUGCUCUCCCGGAUGUCGAUACAGACACCAUAAAGACAGGAACCUUGACCUGUCGAGGCGUGGAUGAGACGGUGCGAGUGGUUCGUCAAGUGACAACAGAAACGCAGCCGUGGCGGUUCAGCGUCGACCUUCCGCGGGCAGCACUGGCAUUUGUUGUUGUGGGCGUGAGCUAUCUUCUGAUGUUGGCAGUCAUGACGAUGAACGUGGGAUAUUUCAUGUCGGUUCUGGCGGGCACGUUUAUCGGAGAGUUGGCAGUGGGACGGUACAUUGUGCAUUGGAGCGAGCAUUAG